GUGCGAAGGUCUGCAAGCACAGCGGGCCGCGAGGACUAGAUAAAGCCCGACUGCGACACCAGAGCAAUCGCGCUGCCAUGGACACCGCGGAGAGCGCCGAGCGCGCGCACAGCCCAGCGCUCCCACCCCCGCGCAGUCUCUGCCCGCCGCCAGCGCAACCCGGGUCCCAGGGCUUCUGGAGACCUUGGCUUCGAACCCCCGGAGAGAAAGAGAAACGGGAGGAAACCCACGCUGCAGACGCGUUGCCCAGUGGCCCUGGAGUGACGGAAGCCUCAGGAAAGCUUUCUCAAUACCAACACCCUGUCAGACUGUUCUGGCCCAAGUCCAAGUGUUAUGAUUACUUAUAUCAAGAAGCAGAGACUCUCCUGAAAAAUUUUCCAAUUCAAGCAACGAUUUCGUUUUAUGAAGAUUCUGAUAGUGAAAAUGAAAUUGAGGGGCUGGCCUAUGAAAAUUAAUCUAAUUAGUUACUUCUGAUGACAA